CAUUAUAUCAAAAUAUAACUAACGUACACAGUUCGAUCGUUCGUUUGACAAUCCCAAAUUCGUCGCUUAUAAAAUAUUGAGUGUACGAUGAGCGUAAGCGAAUAAUGUAUUGACGGUAUAGUAAGAAUUAUGCAUCAACUGUUAUAUAUAAACAGGUUCCGAGGCAUCCGGCAACAAACGCAUCAUCGUACAAACACAAUAACUAUAUCGAACAUACAUCUACAUCGUGGCUGGAAAAUACAUCCCUGUCAUAUUUUUGUUUAAUAUCGGCAUUUUUAUUCAGUCUUCGGUUCACAAUAGUUUACACCAAUAUAACCAUAACUAUAUCAUCGCGAUUAUUAUCAUCACUAUCGUCAUCAUUGUCGUCAGCAUCGGAAUAAUAUUACAAGAUCUAGAGGCAAUGCUGUUGUGUAAAACAUCGUGGCCGGUGUCAAAAUCGUGAAAAUAUAUAACGUCAGCCCAUUCUAGGCUGGCAUCACCCGCGUCCUUGCAAUCAAUCUCUCUGCGCCUUUAUAGGCUAUAGCACGAAUUCAUUUAUAUUCAUAGAGAUAUUCGUUCUAGCCCUUGGUGAUUGGAAAAAUUUUCGCAACUGAUUUGCAUCUCGCACGCACCUUUUCGUAGAAUAAACGCUGCUCGAAAUAUUUUAUUGAAACUGAGGCCCGGGAGAUGGUGAAAUUAUUAGCACGUCUGCAAGCACCGCCGCCCAAAUGGUCUUCCUUGUGUGACUAUAUAUAUAGUACAGUAGUCUAGCACACUACGCAGAGAGUUAAUUGAUAUGUGAAGGAGCCAACGAUGUAGUCGACAUGAACUGGGUGGCGAGUUGGCGAAAGUUGAGUGGCCAUUUUACUAUAUACAGUGUUAUAUAUUCAUAAAGAGGACGCCGUAAAAUGUCCGCACAGCAUCUGGAUGCGUGUUUAGGUUUAUAGUGUAUGUAAUAUAACAUACCGCGUUAUGUUCAUGCCAAACGUGCCAUAUAGGGGCCUACACGUGUGUGUGUGUCGUGUGUGUGUGUGGGGGGGGGGGGAGUGCAUAGGCGUGUUAUUUAAUAACCUUCUUGCCUUUCCGUUUAGGUGAUAUCAUGGUGACACCAGAUGGCGUGUAAUGGAGCACUUCCUGCGCGUGAAUAGUACAGACGAGAAUGAACUCUACGCGUCACUGCCCGGCGACGGGUCAGGCACGAGUCACAACGACGGCUCAGCGUCGAACUACACUCCGGACGAGCGCGAUCACAAUGCGACCAUGUCCUCGUUCGACAUCAACGACGUCAUCAACUACUGUGUCACGCUGGUGGCCGUGUGCACGGUCGUCUGCACCGUCGCCGGCAACCUGCUCGUCGUCAUCGCCGUCUGCACGGAGACGCGUCUGCGAAAAAUCGGCAACUCGUUCAUCGUGUCGCUGGCCGUCGCCGACCUGCUCGUCGGCGUCGUCGUCACGCCGAUCUCCGUCUGGUACCAACUGCGCGGUGAGUGGACGCUCGGCAAGGUGAUGUGCGACUUCUGGGUGUCGAUGGACGUCAUCUGCUGCACGGCGAGCAUUCUCAACCUGUGCGUGAUCAGCGUCGACCGCUACUACGCGAUCACGCAGCCGCUGCAGUACGUCUACAAGCGCACGCCCGGCCGCGCCACCGUCAUGAUCGCCUUCGUCUGGAUAUUCUCGUUCGUCAUCGCCAUGCCGCCGCUGCUCGGCUGGCGCGAGGAGCGACCCGACGUCAUCACGCAGUGCUUGAUCAGCCAGGACAAGGGCUACACGGUGUUCUCGACGAUGGGAGCAUUCUACCUGCCGCUGGUCGUCAUGAUCGUUGUCUACGUGCAGAUCUAUCUCGCGACGCUCGAGCGAAAGAAGCACUGGGUCGCUCGACCGGGCUCGAGCUACGUGACGUGCAACGACAGCGUCGUGCGCGGCGAGAGCUCGCCGACGCCGUACAACUCGCUCGUCGACGUCUCGCUGCGCGACUCGAAAGACACGCUGAGCAGCGACGGCGGCACGGUCAAAGUGUCGCAGACUAUACGCCGCCUCUCGUAUCGCUGGGCGGCGCGACGGUGCCGCCACCGCAUCGUCAUCACGCCGAGCGUCAAGACGUCCGAGGCGCUGAUCGCCGAGACGCGGCUGACGGCGAAGGCGACGACCGAGGUCAAGGGUCAGCCGUCGGCGGCGGCGGCGGCGGCGGCGCCGCGAGCGCACACAACCCGCUACGCGUCCAACGCGAGGACGAACUGCGCUGUCGCAGCCGAGCCGAACAGCUGCUGCCUGACUGUAGACGCGCCUCGGGUGCGGAACGACGGCUACAACAACAGCGCCAAUACGAUACAGAACGCCGCCGACGACACGACGGAUCUCGUCGGCAGCCUGUCGCCGAGCUGUCUGGCGCUGAACGAGCGUCGCACGUCGAACAUGCCCAAGGUGAAGCGCAUAUCCGUCAACCAGGAGAAGCGCGCCGCGAAGACACUCGGCAUCAUCAUGGGCUGCUUCGGGCUGUGCUGGUUGCCGUUCUUCCUGCUGGCGCUCAUCGCGCCUCUGUGCGAACGCUGCCGCAUACCGGCGCUGCUCUUCCUCGUCUUCACGUGGCUCGGCUACUUUAACAGCGCUCUCAACCCGAUUAUCUACACGUUCUUUAACAGAGACUUCCGGCGCGCUUUCCACAGGAUCGUUUGCUGUUUUCAGACGAGUCGGCGCCGGCGUCGACACGACAUGCACAUGUGACAAUACG